AUGUGGUGUAGAUCCAUUACCAUAGUCACCACGAAGCCGUGUGAUUCCGGAAUUUCUGAAAUGGAAGCUGAUCUGGUAGCUGUUCGUUUUGAACUCGACGAGCUUCACUCUAAGAUUACUUCCGCACUCCCGCCUUCGGACGCCGAAAACUCAAAAGCCAGUCGUCGCAUGGCUAUGCGAUUGCUGGUUGGAGACAUGGACUCGAACAACGGUACCUCCGCCCCUUUCCCAAUGGCAGGAAUGGGGGAGAUGAAGAGGGGAAAGCCUCCCGUUAACAACGGCCGCGUUUCACCUAGAACCCCGGGGCAGGCACCUCCUCAGAAGAAGCCAGUCGGCGCACCAAAGAAGAAGGUAGUUAAGAAAGCGCUGCCUAAAGCCCCUGCUGGAGACCCGAUGGAGGAGUUUUUCGCUAUCAUGGAGCAGUUUGUCGACGAGCCUGAGGAGAUGGAAUGCGUGAGGCUGGCAGAGGUUUCCCGCGCUAACAAGCCCGUCCGCAUGCAGAAACCUCAGAUGGGCGCUUGCUUGGACGGAUUUCCGGCGGAUCUCGGCUGGGGAAAGAUGGAGAAGCAGAUUCACAGUGGCCCGAUGGCUCUCGGCCCUGCCAGCCCGAAAGUGAUGCAGAAGACGCAAAUACCGAGGGCGGCGAGUCGCGAUUCCGAGAAGAGCCGUGUUCAUUCGUCUCACGCGAGGACGCACUCGGUGGGUGGCGUGGGCGGCUUGAAGGAUCUGAACUCGCUCUGGAACCCGGUCGCGUCGCCAGCUGUCAUGGGUCAACAAAUACAGCGUGCCAGCACCGUCAAGGAGGGCCACGAGAUGCAAUCAUUGGUUGACGCGCUGAAGGCGGAAAUCAAGGCUAAGGACAAGCUUCUUGAAGCUUCGGAGAAGGAGCAACAGAUGCUGCAGGAGGAGUUAAAGCACGCGUGGCACAACAGUGACGAGCUUCAGCGUCAGUUGAACGACUCGGAGGCGCUCGUCUUGAAGUUACAGCACGAGAACGAAGUUCUGCGAUCCGCGAAGCGUGUGUUGACGACGUCUCCCACUGACCUGUCGCGGAGGCUAGCUGCUACGGAGUCGCGCAACGUCGAGUUGGCGGAGAAAUUGGCAACACGCGAGAAGGAACUCGAGAUGACCAAGAUCGCACUUCAGCAGGCGGCGCAAGAAAGGGAUUCGCUCGCAGAGGAAAUGGAGGCGGCACUUUCUAGCUGGGCGGUUGACAGCCCGGCAACUCCUGCCAGCGGCAUUUCGUCUCGAACCUUCUCGCAUUCGACGUCCACGUCAUCUAACUCGCAAGACGAGGUACAGCAACUCGCGAUGGCUCUCGACGGCGUGCAGAGGGAGCUUCGCGUGGUGCGGGGCGAGAGAGACGCGCUGAUGGCUGCAGUGCGUCCCAGCGGGCGGGUGAAUGUUAACAGCCCAGCUGGCCGAUCUCUGCGAAAAUCCUCGUCAGCUUUGUCCGUACCCCUGAGCCAGCAGCAGCAGCAACUUUCGGGGGCGGCUCAGUUCAACUACAACUCGUUCCGCCAGUCUGUCGACUCUAACCCCCGUGUUCACUUCGCGGAGCCAAUCGCUUCACGUCUCCCUCUCGCCUCCUCCGCGCCUUGA